GCGCGGAGGAAGCGGAGGCGGCGGCCGCGCCGAGACUGCGCCGCGCUCAUGGCGUCGCCCGGAAUGCAAGCUAAAAUCAGGGAUAUUUGUGUCCAUCAUGGAUUUAUUUCAAACUCCUAGAAAAUUUCCUACCAACAUUCAGAUUUCGGAGAAGUGACCCCAGAAAUAAAAGCAUCAGGAAGACAAACAGCUGUAGCAAUUGCAGAUUUGGAAUGGGGAGAAAUGGAAGGAGAUGAUGGCGAGUUUCAUUAUGGAGGUAGAAACUACAGAAUUUGGCAACGAAGUGGAUUGGGAAACAAGGAGGGAAUGGAUAGUACUAAUGAGUCUCAGGACAGCGACUUUCCAACAGUGGAGAGGAGCAGACUACAAGAAAUACUGUCACUUUUGGGAUUAGAGACAUAUCAGGUCCAGAAACUCAGCCUACAGGAUGCUCUGCAGAUCAGCAGUGACAGUAUGAAGAACUUGGCUCCUCAGGUUCCCAAAGACUUGCCCUGGAAUUUCCUCAGGAAGCUGCAGGCCCUCAAUGCUGAAGCCAGGAACACCACAAUGGUGCUGGACAUACCCCCAGAUGCCAGGCCUGUGGAGAAGGAGAGUCAGAUAGAAGAGGAGAUUAUUUACUGGGACACAGCAGAUGACAUUUCCGCGGACAUCUACUCCUUCUCUGAGCUCCCCACUCCGGACACACCGGUGAACCCCCUGGACCUUCUGUGUGCUCUUCUGCUUUCAUCAGAUAGUUUUCUGCAGCAAGAAAUCAUAUUAAAAAUGUCCCUCUGCCAGUUUGCACUUCCUCUUGUUUUGCCUGACUCAGAAAACCAUUACCACACAUUUCUAUUAUGGGCUAUGAGGGGCAUUGUCCGGACAUGGUGGUCACAGCCCCCCCGUGGGCUGGGCAGUUUCAGAGAAGACAGUAUGGUCCUGUCCCGAUUGCCUACUUUUGCCUUUGUACGCAUGGAGGUCAGCAGUAACUCCAAGUCCCAGCUUCUCAACACCAUUCUCAGUCCAAGCCAUAGGCAGCGAGAUUACUUCUGGCAUCGAGAUCUGAACUUGGGCACCAACCCUCGGGAGAUUGCUGAUGGGCUGGUGGAAAUGACCUGGUAUCUUCCCAGUGGUAGGGAAGAUUUGGACAUUUUCCUGGAACCCAUGGCCUUUCUGAAUCUUAGAGGUGACAUUGGAUCUCACUGGUUGCAGUUUAAGCUCUUGACAGAAAUAUCCUCAGCUGUGUUCAUCUUGACUGACAAUAUCAGUAAGAAGGAAUACAAACUUUUGUACUCAAUGAAGGGGACAGCCACAAAAUACUACUUCAUCCUAAGUCCCUACCGUGGUAAACGAAACACAAACUUGAGAUUCCUAAACAAGUUAAUUCCUGUGUUGAAAAUGGAUCACUCACACAUUCUUGUGAAAGUCAGCAGCACAGACAACGUGGGCUUUGUGCGAAGGGUCCGCUCUAUUUUGACACACGUGGCCCGGUCCCCCUGCAGGCGGGUAUCUGUGGAAGAUAUGGCAAAUGCAGCUCGUAAGCUGGGGCUGAAAGUUGAUGAGGACUGUGAGGACUGUCAGCAGGCAAAAGACCGGAUGGAGCGGAUCACCAGGAAAAUUAAAGAUGCAGACACUUACAAAAGGGAUGAGCUCAGACUACAAGGGGACUGUUGGAGAAAGGUGGCCCCAGUGGAGAAGGAGCUCUGCCAGGUCCAGUGGGCAGGGGACUCUCCUGAGAAGUACAGAACUGAGCUGAGGCACCGGUUAUUAGAACUGCGAAUGCAGCAAUGCAGCCACGACCCUGCCUGGGGAGUACAGGAAUUCAUUAAUGGCAUCAGCAGCCCUUCUCUCAGUGAAAAGCAGUACUUUCUCAGGUGGAUGGAGUGGGGACUGGCUCGGAUAGCGCAGUCAAGGGCAAGACAGCCUCCAGAGACAUUUCUUACCCUGAGACCCAAGCAUUGUGGAACUGUGGGCUUCAGUGAACCCCUCUGUCCAGAGUCCCUGGGAGUGGAGCACUUCGUGCGGGAGAUGGGACAGUUUUAUGAGGCAGAAAGUUGUCUUGUAGAGGCAGGGAAGAUGCCAGCAUGCCAGAGGCGGUUUGCCCACUUCCCAGGCUUGGCGUUGGAGUUGUUGCUAAAGGGCCUACCCCUGGAACUGGUGGAUGGGAGUACUCUCAGCACCCCCAUGCGCUGGGUCACAGGGCUCCUGAAGGAACUGCAUGCACGCCUGGAGAGAAGAUCAAGACUGGUGGUCCUGUCUGCACUGGGUGUGCCAGGCACGGGGAAGUCCACCCUACUCAAUACCAUGUUUGGACUGCGAUUUGCCACGGGCAGGGUCUGUGGCCCUCGAGGAGCCUUCAUGCAACUUAUAACGGUGUCUGAGGGCUUUAGCCAGGACCUGGGCUGUGACCAUAUCCUAGUGAUAGAUUCUGGGGGCUUAAUAAGUGGGGCCCUGACCACAGCUGGGGAAAGGUUUGAGCUGGAAGCUUCUCUGGCCACUUUGAUUAUGGCACUAAGCAAUGUCACUGUGAUUAGUUUAGCUGAAACAAGGGACAUUCCUCCCGCUAUUCUGCAUGCAUUUCUGAGGUUGGAGAAAACAGGGCACAUGCCCAACUAUCAGUUUGUAUAUCAGAACCUCGGUCCCACACCGAGAGAGCGGAGGCAGCUCCCGGAUCAAGCAAGUGAUGUGAGCAGAGCAGCAGUGCACAUGGAGAAACAGGGUGAUAGCAUUCGGACUCUGGCUGAUUUGGCUUUUUGUGAUCCAGAGAAGCAGCACAUUUGGCAUAUCCCUGGAUUGUGGCAUGGAAUGCCUCCCAUGGCUGCUGUGAGCCUGGGAUAUAGUGAAGCCAUUUUUGAAUUGAAAAGAUGCCUUUUAGAAAACAUCAGGAAUGGUCUGUCCAACCAGAACAAAAACAUUCAGCAGCUCAUUGAGUUGGUGAGACGACUAUGAGUGUGGAGAGGCUUGCCGUGGGCACUCUUUUUCUGAGUAAGCUGUCCACUCUGAGCUGUUCCCGGCACCUGUGAGGGGAUGACUUCCAACUCAUACAAGAAGAGAGAAUAGUGAAAGUUGGGGAGGUGAAGACCUAAAGUUUCCUAAACAGUGUUAAGCAAGGAAAUAAUUGCACAGCUCUGUUCAGAAAUGCUCCCAGGGCAGAAAGAAGAGCCACAGUACUAGUUUCUUUCUCUUUGAGUAAUUUAAAAGGCCUUAGGAUUUGACCUUUUGGAUAACUUCUCUCCUUUGUCCCCUGGAGUGGAGAGUUGCAGUCUGAUUGCUGUUGGGCCUUGGGUAGAUAGAUACACAGAAAGUCAGAGAAUUGUCCUGAAGAAAUGGACAUUUCCUCCAUUGAGCCCAGCAUCUGUGACUCAGUCCUGUCCAUGGAGUGGUACCCUUGGUGGUCAAGUCGCUACUGUGGCAUUCUGUUAACUGAGUUGUGCUGCCUUCCCCAGUCCCACCCAAGAAGAAGCACUACUGGCUGUUGUGCCCUCCAAUUUUGUCUACUUCUCUGCCGCAACACUUGACACUGACAUCAUCAUUUCCUUUUCGCGUGUCUGCCCCUCCUAGACUGUGAGCUCCUUGAGGGCAGGGGCUGUAUGUUAGCCAACUCUGUACCCUGGGGGCCUGGCACAUUGUGGGCGCUUAAUAAAUGUUUGUUGAAUGAAUGAAUGAAUGCAUAAAUGCUGGAAAUGGACAGGUUCUCUCUGUGCCUUAAAUUUCCUACUUCUGCAAAGAAGAUUGUAGUGUCUGAGGAGAGGUAGAUAGUAGAACACAUUAAAUGGAGGGCACCUGAGAGAAGUGACUUUUAAAAUGCCAU